UGCACAAAACUGACACGAUUGUUAGAUGGACUCAGGUUUGUGGCUGCCUUGUGUUAGUCUCCACAUCCACCCAGUUUACGUCAGGAAGGGAAGCCAGUGUAUUUCCUCCCCUUCUUUAUCUAAAGGAAGUGCCAAAAUAAGCAUCGGGAGCGGAGCACCCAGGCUUGGACACCUUUCACACGGGCCACUCGAAGGGAGACGUUGAAGGAGUUCACGGCUGCAGAAUCACCAUGAAGACCGUCAGGGUUCUUGUCGUCCUUCUAGCAUUUGUCCAUGUCUCCACACCAGACUCACCAAAUGAUGAAGCGAAACAAACAUCACCAACAGUGUCAAGCAAAAACUCAACUACAGCAGUAAUGCCAAAGACAGCGGAAACAACAACAGCAGCAACAACAUCAGCAGUGACGACGACGACAACAACAACAACAACAACAACAGCAGGAACAACAACAACAGCAGGAACAACAACAACAGCAGGAACAACAACAGCAGCAGGAACAUCGUCACCUUCUAAAAACUUCACCGGAAACUCUGCAAACCGUUCGAUUGCAGGCCCUACUACUAAGACUGCUCCACCUUCAGCAGCACCAAACCAGUCUGUAGUCACUGCUUCACCCAUGACCAAGACAAGCAAUGAUACUCAAACGCUUAACGACACUGUGAUUGCAAAGUCUGGUGGUCAAAUGCCUUUACCUUUGGAUGACAUCGACUACCACGAAUCAGGCACAAGUACCCCGACCGCAGGUUCUCAGACCAGCGAUAAGAAGGAGGGCUCAGAUAAAAGGUGGUGGUGGAUUGUCUUGCCCGCCUUCCUGAUCGCAGCUGCUGCCGCCAUCGUCCUCAAAUUCAAAUCCAAGAAAGUCCACGAUCCCACAGAAACCAUUGACACCGGAACUGAGAACGCAUCUUUCCAGAGAGCUGAGAACAGCAAGGACGGAGUCAUGCUCCUCGGAGUGAAGUCAUCAGGCGCAGAAGAGAACGAUGCUGCCAGAUAAGAAGAGUCGCCACCGUCGUCCACACACUGAUGGUCUGAGAAAGCUGUUUUUAUGCUAGAUUUUCUUUUUUUUUUUUUUUCUUUUUAAGCGUUAAUUUUUGUUUUAAAAAGCAGCUUUCGAGUGUGAUUCUGUCUGCAGGGAGCAGUUUUAUUAAGUAAGGUGUGUGACUGUGAUGUUCAUUCAAGCAAACUUGAUCUCAGCGUUCAGGACUGCAAAGCUCAUGUAAGAAACUAACUCACUGCCUGUUACACGAUAACGGUGGCUUAUUAUUUAUACAGCCUUUAUCUACAGUCAGUGCAGAGUACUUGCCACAACCGUGUUUUCUGUGUAGUACACUGGCCAGACCCUUCACGUUACUUGUAUAAGAAACCGUUCACUUUAUAGCUCUAUAAUCACCCUUUGGUCACGUUGCCAUUUACUUGCCUUGACCUAUUUUGUAGAUAAUGAAAGUUUUGGAUUUAUUUGAGGUGCACUCCGUAUUUGUUGUUCAUAAGGUUCUAUCGCACAAGAAUUCUGAGCAUUCACCUGUUUGUGCGUGUAACUCAUCCCACGUGAGACAAAUGUAACGCCCACGCACACACACACACACACACGAAUAAAUCAGAUGCAGAGGGACAGUAUGGAUGUAAAAACACUGGAACUGCUGUAUGCUCUGUGGCUGGAAUUUGUAACCGUCGACCUCAGUUUCCUCAAUAAAUCACUAGAAAAUG